AGUUAUUGAACUUACAAUAAAAAAUUUCUCAUAUUUAAAGUCACAUUAAAUUUAUUUACGAGCCAUCGAGACAUGAACUCCAACUAAAAAGUUCACGGGAGCUAAAAAGGGAAGGAUGAAAAUAAAUUCAAAUACUGAAUGAAAGUACUCGAAACUUGGACACUUACGUUGCUAAUAUUGUAGUUUGCAAAGUCAUAUUGAAGCUGAAACGAGUGGAUUAUAAUUAUUAUUAAACUGUACUUUCCUUGGAAUAAAACUCGUCAAGUUCUGAAGCAAUUACUUGAAGAAAAAUUAACACAUUAGCACCAAAUGCUAGCCAAGAUCGUACCAGUAGGUGAUAAAGACAGAACCUACUGCGCUUUCACUUCAUGGAACAGCUUAUUAUUACAAAGAACACUCAGUAAAAUAAACGUUGUGCAUUACUGGUAACGACAGUUCAAUAAAAACAUGUGAUGUGUAAUGAAGAGCGAUAAGCAAUGACCUAGAUCACUAAGUUCGCAAUAGAUAAUAAUUCAAAUAAACUUGGCAAUCAUUAGCCAGCGUUGAUUCACCAGUUAAAGCUAAACAAUCCAUCAGCUUCCUCAUACUCUUUAUUCUAACAAAUAAAACAUCAUUAUCAUCAGCAAUACUGCGUGAUAAAAUCGCUAAUGUUCGCUCACAGAUCCUCGUUAAAAAUUUUUAAGCAAUUGAGUCAACAACCUGUUGGCAAUUUCAAAAUAAUUCGGAGUUUAUCAUCUAGAGUUAUGUCUAAAUUUGAAUUACCAGAACGAUACAAAGGAAAUGAAAAAAGUGUUUGGGUCGAAUACAUUGCUCUGGAUUUAAAGUACAAGCCUUUGAACCUGGGUCAAGGAUUCCCGGAUUUCUUUGCUCCUAAUCAUGUCACAAGCGCAUUGGCUGCUGCUACCAAAAGUGAAAACCCACUUCUCAAUCAAUACACAAGAGGCUUUGGUCAUCCACGAUUGGUCAAUGCUCUUGCGAAAGUUUACUCAAAAGUUUCGAACAGAGAAUUAAAUCCACAGACCGAAAUACUUGUCACAUCAGGAGCAUAUGAAGCCAUUUAUGCGGCAAUUCAAGGUCAUACAAGUAAAGGAGACGAGUGGAUUAUUAUUGAACCGUUUUUUGAUUGUUAUGAGCCUGUAGUACGAACUGCUGGUGGUGUUCCACGUUUUAUUCCUCUUAAACCAAUAAAAACAUCAGGAAUUAUAAGCUCGGCAGAUUGGGUCUUUGAUCGGAAUGAAUUGGCCAGUCUUUUUAAUGAAAAAACAAAGGGAAUAAUAAUCAAUACACCGCACAAUCCCAUCGGCAAAGUAUUUACAAUGGACGAGCUUAAGUUUAUCGCAGAUUUAGCCAAGAAAUGGGACGUUCUUGUCUUAUCAGAUGAAGUUUACGAGUGGAUGGUGUACGAGCCAGCAGAGCACAUCAGAAUUGCAACACUGCCAGACAUGUUUGAAAGGACAAUCACCAUUGGGUCCGCUGGUAAAACAUUCAGCGUGACUGGCUGGAAACUGGGUUGGGCAUACGGCCCAGAAAAUUUGCUCUACAACCUGAAAGUCGUCCACCAAAAUUGCGUGUACACUUGCGCAACUCCAAACCAGGAGGCCGUGGCAAUAGGAUUCGAAGAGGAGUUCAAAAGAUUUGAUCAGCCGGAUUGUUACUUUAAGAGUUUAGCGAAAGAGUUAUUGCCCAAGCGCGAUUACAUGGCCAAGUUUCUCGUCGACGUCGGAAUGUCGCCGACAGUACCCGAGGGCGGCUACUUCAUGGUCGCCAACUGGAAGGCUCUAGAAAAUAAAGUCAGGCUCAAUGAAGAGACGGACAAGUGGCGCGACUACAAAUUCACUAAAUGGAUGACGAAAAAUGUCGGACUCCAAGGAAUACCUCCGUCGGCUUUCUACUGCGACGAGCAUAAAUACCUAGCCGAGGACAACGUUCGUUACUGUUUCAUUAAGAAAGACGAAAACCUGAAGAAAGCUGCAGACAUUUUGCAAAAGUGGAAGUCGAAACAGUAAAUGUUCACCCAGAAAACGAAUUCCGUCAAAGAAAAAUGAUAUUUACCCAAUUAGAUAAAUAAUUGUUGUAUAUUUUUAUAUAAAUAUUUAUAUGAAAUAUAUUUUUAUUGAAUUAAA